CAAUCUCUCCACGACUCCACGUCUCUUUAUUUCCCACGAUCAACCAGAAACAUUAAAACCUUAAUUGUGAAGCAGUUUUAAGUACUAUUAUUGUUCAGCAUAUGGACGCUAUGAAAGUCAGUAGCCUCCAGUGAAAGAUAGCACACCACAAACAAGACCGCGAGCCAUGGCCGAAUGCAAGAAAAUCCCGCUGGUAGACCUGUCGUCGAAGCUAUGUGGUCCUUGCUACAAAGUCAGAACACGAAUGUUCGGACCCCAUAGCCCAGAAAAAGGACCGAAGCCGGAGAACAAAUUCAAGCUGCAUGACAAUUAUCAGCAGCUGUCAAGGUGUAUCUCAUGCCCUCUCUGUCAAUUUCUAACAAGAGAACUUCUGUACGUUAAGGAGCACGAUGGAACGUACAGGUGGCAUGAGCCUGCAACCAUACCUGCUGGUGCUGCCAUAUCUGCCACGGUUUCGUGGGCCAUCUUGAUCUUUCAGCAUCGCGAAAGAUACUCAAGCUUGAAGAUUGAAGUUGGAGGGGUUCAAGCAAUGGAGUACAGCAAUCCUGUUGCGACCAUCCAGGAAGCCAAUUUUCGAAAAGGACAGCACAAUAUACCUAGAGCUGACCCUUACAAUAAAAUGAAGGCUUGGCUCGGUAGUUGCCUUCAGCACCAUUCGAGCUGCUCCAAAGAUACUGAGCAAUUUCGCCCUUCUCGAUUACUUGAUCUGACCUGCGAUUUGGGCGGGAACGACAUUCGCUUGAUUCAGUCGGCACUUCAUCUACCAAAGAAAAAGGGACGCGAAAAUCACUACGCAACCCUGAGUUAUUGUUGGGGUCCUCCAGGGCUGAAUGCCAGAACAACGAAAGAGAACGUCGAGGAAAGGCGACGAAGAAUACCUCUCGACAGCUUGCCAAAAACAGUCAGAGAUGCUGUCCUGGUCACCCGAGAAUUGGGAAUUAGAUAUCUGUGGGUUGAUGCAUUAUGUAUUAUUCAAGAGGAUGCGGAGGAUUGGGCGAAAGAAUCAGCCGUCAUGGGCCAGAUUUACCGAAAAUCUUUGUGUACAUUGGCCGCUGCUGUUGGGACCGACUGUAACACCGGUCUAUUCACACUUCGUCAGGCUGCAGAGCUUUCCGCAAGCCGUAUUCUGUUCAUAGAAGGAGACAAGUCGGACCGUGGCUUGAUCUUACAACCAAGUCUAGAUCAUUGGUAUAGCAGCGUGAAGCUUUCUACAUUGAGUACACGAGGAUGGGUGAUGCAGGAGCGUAUUCUUGCAGCACGCACAAUUUUCUUCACAGAAGAAGGUAUCUUCUGGCAAUGUGCUGAUCGAUCAUCCUCUCAGUUCAACGAGAAAGUCAGCACGAAUUGGGAGUUCAAGUCAAAUCCUAAGUCUCAGAGGCAGUCCAAGCCACGAUUCAAUGAACUUGUCAAGGACUGGCGAGCAGAAGCUCAAGAGUACAGCUUCAAGUCUACUGGAAAGGUUACGACGGGAAAGAUAUCUCUGCUCGCAGCAAGCUUUGCAAGCAGAAAAGGGCGAAAGGUGGAGGCUAGACCAUGGCAUAAUCUCGUUUUCGAGUUCACUCAAAGAGAUCUCACUCAACCAAAUGAUCGUCUCCGCGCCGUAGAAGGUAUUGCCAACGAGUUCGCUGAGUCGGCGAACGACGUUUAUGUGCACAAUGGCGGGAUCUGGAAGUCAGACAUGAUUGGUGGAAUGGCCUGGUAUCGACAGUGGGACAAAGAUUCCAAGCAUCUCUCGAUUGCUCCAUCGUGGUCCUGGGCUUCGGUCAGUGGUCAAAUAAUCAGCAUGUAUCAGCGGACCGGGCAUGUAGUCAACGUCGCUGAGGUGAACUGGAAGAAGACUAAUGCGACGAAAUUGGAUCAGCGAAGUAUUUCCAUUGAAGAAUUACACAUUUCGGGGAAUGUCUGCCAGGUAAAGCUUUAUCGACGAUUCGAUGAUGGAUUAUUCUGGGCCGUGGACUCUAGCUCGGAACCACCGCCACCUCCCCAACAACCCAAGAAGCUCCUCGGAAUCUUCAAUCGCCCACUGAACUGGGACCAGCUCAGCGGAAUUAAAUCGGCCGAUGGAAUCAAUGGGAAUCUGGGCUGGAGCGGAUCGUCAUCUAAAGUAUUGAAAAACCAUUACGAGAUCAUCUUCGACUCGUCAAAAGAGAAUCCUCCCAUCGGAACUGAGUUUCUCUGCAUGCCACUCGUAGGUGCUGGAUUUCAAGCGCCUUCUGCGCAGGUAUUUCCUUCCGGUCUAAUUUUGGUUCCCGUCAAUGCUGCACGGAAGGUUCAUCGCAGAAUUGGAUGGUGCUUUCUGUGGGCAGCAAUUCCAGAUGAAAAGUUGAGGGAGGUGGAUCUUGUCAUUGUCUAGGGGGUUCGCCGAAGGUCCAAUACGUUGUUGUUAAGAUACUGAAAAUUCAUUCUCCAGAACUUUGCUAUAAACGCCAGAUUUACAUUGAAAUGAGAAUGGCUUCAGGACAUACGGCCGUAAUGGAUCGUGAAUGAAAAGGGUACUGUUGCGAAAACAUAUUUCAGGAGAAGUACCAAGAAGAGAGAAAAUACAAAACGAGAAUAAAGAAUUAUCCGAAGCCUCUCUGGCAGGGGCCAUGGUGGAUUGAUCAACCUCCUGUCCUUUCCGGACUGUCACUGCCAACGUUACUCCACGGAUCAAAGCGGAAUCUCAAGCAGCCAGCAUCUCUGAAGCCACCCGCACCCCCAUUGUUACCUAUGCCCGGAGUAUUAGCACAGCAUGACAGAGCCAUGCUCAAGCUGAACAUGUAAGCACAGGAAAUUGCACUCACAAUUUUUGUAAUUCUCCUCCAUGAGAGAGAAGCA